AACGGCAAAUAAGAUACUGUAAGGGAACGUGAUCGCUCGCAGAUCGUGUGCUACAUUCGCCGUAACACGUCCGCAUCUCGUUGCGUAGAACCCGGCGUGCAUUCGUUCACCGGGAACACGUAGCAGGGCACGACAUGUUUCACAGAUUCGCCAUUCGCCAUUCGUGCACGAUGUCGCGUGGGCAAUAUUCGCUUUACGCGGCUCGGGCCAUCACGCUAUCGAUCCCACCGAGAGAUCGCGACACCGGUUUUGAAGAACAGAUUAAAGUUAGCGGUUCCUGCUACUGUAGCAAUUUCUGCCAUAGCUCACCGGGGACCAGAGCAAAGCUAGUUGAUAAAACCGAACGGUGGAAUGGCUGCGUACAGCGCACGCGGCCUGACCUUGAAAUUCGCAUCGUCAUCGCCAACGUCAGCUGCGGUCGCGGUUUGUGCCGGGGACUGGGAACUACCAAUGUGCCGGGGUCUUCAACGAGUGUGACCUCGUUGGAACGGCAGCGUACCGGAGAGCAAAAGGUGUAA